AAAUUUUACUUCAAAAAAAAAAAAACCAAGCUUGUUUUUUGACUUUUCCUGUCGUUUGCAGAUGGAGAGAGAGUUUUUCCUGCCAGACAGUCAUGAAACUUUUCGCGGCAUAGUUUCAAGGAGGUUAAAGACUGAUAUUGAAGUUCGGGUACUUUUUUUUUUUAUUCUUAAGCUAAUAAUUGCGCGGAUCAUCAAUCUCUCUUCGUCAAGCGAGUAAUGAAUAAUCGACUCUCUGUCUCCUCAAUCAAACAGCUACAUGGACAUCUCAUUAGAACUCAACUCUACAAAGACCCUUAUUCAAUGUCAGAUGUUAUAAGAUCCUAUGCUUUAUCUCCUUCUUAUCUCCAUAAAGCUCUUCUUGUUUUCAAUCGGAUUGAGAAACCUACACUUUCAAUAUUUAAUCUCUUGCUUCGUGGUUUGUCUCAAAGUGAACGACCAAAUGAAGCGAUUGAUAUGUAUACUAAUCUAAUGUAUGGUCGAGGAACAGUUGGCGAUAAUUUGACAUUUAUCUCCUUGUUCAAGGCUUGUUCUCGUGUUAACGAUUUUUUACAUGGUCAGAUAUUUCAUGUUCACGCUUUGAAACUCGGGUUUGAUUUAUAUCUAUUUGUAGCAAAUGCUUUGAUUCGAAUGUAUGGAUCUUUUGGUGAGUUACAGUUGGCACACAAGAUGUUCGAUCAAAUGCCAGAUAGAGACUUGGUUUCUUGGAAUUCUUUGAUUUGUGGUUAUAGUCAAUUUAAUAAGUUCAAGGAGGUUUUGUGUUUGUUUAAUUCCAUGAAGGAAGCAAGUGUGAUAGCUGAUGAGGUUACAAUGGUUAAAGUUAUGUUAGCUUGCAGUUAUUUGGGUUUGAAUGAUAUUUCAGAUUCUAUGGUAAAUUAUAUUGAAGAUAAUCAUGUGGAUAUUGAUGUUUAUUUAGGCAACACAUUGAUAGAUAUGUACGGGAGGCGUGGUUUAGUGGAUUUGGCACGGAGAGUUUUUGAUGGGAUGCAAGAAAGAAACAUAGUCUCUUGGAAUGCAAUGAUCACUGGAUAUACAAAAGUGGUGGAAUUAGUUGAGGCUAGGAAGCUUUUCAAUCAAAUGCCUAUCAGGAAUGUUAUUUCAUGGACUUCUAUGAUCACAGGUUAUGCUCAAGCCAAGCAAUAUUCUGAUGCAAUGAAGCUUUUUCAAGAUAUGAUGGAAGCUAAAGUGAAACCAGAUGAGAUUACAGUAGCUAGUGUGCUUUCUGCUUGUGCUCACUUGGGCUCACUCGAUGUGGGACAGGCAGUUCAUGAAUACAUUUGUAGGCAUGGCGUAAGGGCUGAUGUAUAUGUGGGAAAUGCUUUAAUAGAUAUGUAUUGCAAAUGUGGGGUUGUAGAAAAAGCAUCAGAGGUGUUUUAUAAGAUGGAAAAGAAGGACAGUGUAUCAUGGACAUCAGUCAUCUCUGGCCUUGCUGUUAAUGGUUUUGUAGAUCAGGCACUUGAGUUAUUCUCGCUGAUGUUGAGAGAUGGCAUUCAGCCAACUCAUGGAAGCUUCAUGGGGGUAUUACUGGCUUGUGCUCAUGCUGGAUUGGUGGACAAAGGAUUGGAAUAUUUUGAGAGGAUGGAAAAAGUUUAUGGAUUAAUGCCAGAAAUGAAGCAUUAUGGAUGCCUUGUGGAUCUUUUGAGCCGCUCUGGAAACCUAGACAGAGCCUAUGAGUUCAUAAAAGCAAUGCCAGUAAUUCCAGAUGUUGUAGUAUGGAGAAUAUUGCUCAGCGCAUGUAAGCUUCAUGGAAAUGUGGUUCUAGCUGAGAUUGUUUCAAACAAACUUCUUGGAUUAGACCCCUAUAACAGUGGGAAUUAUGUUCUCUUGUCAAGCACAUAUGCUGGUUCUGAUAGAUGGAAUGAUGCUUCAAAAAUGAGAGAAUUAAUGGUGGAAGGAGACCUGCAAAAACCUUCUGGUUGCAGUUGCAUUGAGGUCAAUGGGAGUAACAACAGAUAAGAUGCAUUUUCAUUCUAUCAAUUCUUUUUGUUAUACAUGAAGACAGCUUAGAAUCACUGCUUAAAUGCACAGCACUUUUAAUGCUUACAAUUUAAACAUGACCUUAAUGGCGUCGCCACCACGAGCACUAGUUUCAAAGGCUUCUUCUACCUCUUCUUGUGAGAAGCUAAACCUGUGAGUUAUCAAUGGCUUAACGUCAAUCUUACCAGUCCUCAAGAACUCAAUGCAGAGCGGCCAUGUGUUUCUGUAACGGAAUAUGCCGAUAACAUCAACCUCCCUACAAACGACACUGCCAGUUACUAUCACCCACAUAAACGGAGAUGAAGGGAACUUUCAAGCAUAAAAAUUUAAUUACCUUGCAGCAGCUGGAGUAAGAGGGACAGUCAUCUCAGUCAAGGCUAAACCAAUAAGGCAAACUUUGCCACCUGAACUUGUAGCGUUUAGAGAUGUACACAUGGUUUUUUCAUACCCAACACAAUCAAAGGUUUUAUGAAAAAUAACAAGCAGAAAAAGAAAGGGCCAAACAAACCUCAAUAUUUGUGGAGACUUGAAGAAUCCCAUCUGCACCAAGAUUCUUUGCAAUGGAUAGACGGCGAUCAUCAACAUCAACAAUCAUGAUUCUAGGAGCACCAAAUGCCCGAGCAGCCAACAUGGUGACAAGGCCUAUUGGUCCAGCUCCCAUAAUCAGUACACUUGUAUCAGGACCAAUUUUUGCACGGCAACAAGCAUGGACGCCAACACUGAGGGGUUCACACAUUGCUCCUUCCUCUAAACUCACAUUUUGAGGUAGUUUGAAACAUAGAUUUGCAGGAUGCACUACCUAAUAAUAGGAAGGUUAAAUAUGUAUUUGCUCAAAACUUUAUUACAUUGUAAAAUUUGGUAACCUUAUUAGCAAGAGCUCCAUUAGUUGGUGGAGAUCCAAAGAAUUUCAUUUGA